UGUUGAUCCAAACGGACGGUUCAUCCAUCCUGCGCAGUGGAUACGCAGCUUUCGAGGAAAUUCAGAGGAUACCCCUGAGUUGUGUUUUGAUUUGCGCUUUCGGGUUUCUGUAUGACGAGUGUCCGUGUGUGUACUGUGCGAGAGGAUAUAUGGUUAUAAAACUUCAGGUGCAUCAGUUUUGUGAUAUCUCCGGAACCUUUGCUACCCAGGAUAUUGCGCCCUCGCUCCGGAAAGGAAGCGCUGGUUCCUCGUAUCGCACCGACCGAUGUAUGGGCGGUGGGUGGUGAAAUAUGAGCUGUGUUUCUGUUGAAAACUCCACCCGGUAAGAGUUUGCCAUGAGCAGCGCUUCGCUUCAGUUUCGCAUUUUCAGUUGCGAUAACUCAAACAAUAAUUCAUGUGUUGCAAGUAAGUACUAACAAGAUGAGCAUUUAGUGCAUUCGAGUUGUGUUUCCAGUUGGGUGGCGGUGUGGUGCCGCAAUCGUCGGUGAAAAGUGCGCGAGUGCGCGGCCAUAUGUUGAGCCGAUGAACGGAGAUUCGGCCGUUUGUGUGUGGUGAAUGUUUAUAGUUUUUCACUUUUUUUUAUGAUCCGCUCCAGCAAACUAUUAAUAGCUGCAGUAGCGUAAACAUACACAGUGUCUGCGUUUGGUUACUUCCGUGAGGCACGCUAGUGAUUUUCACGCCUGGAUGAUCGCCGCUCGAUCGUGGCUUCAAGUGAAGGAUUAUCCGAGAGAGGGCAAAUCCUGUAUGUGCCGAUGAAAUUCACGCUUCGCGUCACGAGGUGUCAACAGUGCAAUUAAAACCGUAACCCAGGUGAGUGUGUGACUGUGGGAUUGUGUGAAGAACCUGCAGCUAAGAACCCGAAGAAGCCGAUCGCUGCAAGUGCGGAAGUAUGGAAUAAAUGUGAAACCAAAAUCGCAGUUUAGUGGUUUGAGUUACAGUAAAGUGGAGCUGAGCCUUUUGUUCGUACUUUUUGGUGUGCAUCAAUCGGUGAACGGUGAACAAAGUCAGGGAUAUCCUGCCAGUAACCACCAGAAAUUGCAUACUGCGGUGCGGUUUGGCGAAGUGAAAAAAAAUCGAAACUCCCACGCUGUGUCGAGUUCGGGCCUCACCCCUGUGAGAAAACGCGCGUAGGUCGACGUUUGAUCUGAAGAGAGCACCAUAACGCUCUGAAUCUGUGCUUCAAAAUUCCCAGCAUUGUGUGUUUAUGUGCUUUUUAAUAAGACAAGGGUGUUGGCUUAGCACUUGUUCCCGUUUUCCCCCGUUGUCUUGCAAUUCAACAAAAGAAACGGUGGCACAAAUGAAGAACGAGGAAAAUUAUAGGGAAAUUGCUUUUUCCCGCCCGUCUCCACACCCAGUGGUAGUGUUCUAAUUUCUGUAUUACUAUGCACUAGAUCCCCUUCCCCGAUAAUCAUACCUUUCCAACAAUUGUGUACGGUGGAAUGCAACAAUAGCUAAAUCAGAGGGAGGCUUUGUAUUUUUUGUGUGUGCGAUUCAACUGAGAAAUGAAAACUUAAUCUCGUGCAGAGGGGGGGUAAUUGUUGCCGAAGAAAAGUGCAUCUCCAGCAGCAGCCGGGAAACCGUCACAUGCUGUGGGAGUAAAACCGCUGGGUCGCGAAGUAUUUCGAACAAUUCAACGGUGAAGCUGUGGAGCGCAAUCUCGUAUCUCGCGAAAGGGGUGCUAAUUAGUGAGAGGCAUCCGACUGAUCCUAACGCAAGACCAAGAGUCCACCCACUGCCAGGAAGACGUGGACCUAUGUCGAAAAGCUGUCAAUUACUUUUUUUGUGACCUAAAACGCUUCGAUUAUUACGUUGAAUCCAAGGUUGGCAGAAUAAAUCCUUGAAGAUAAUUACGCAAAGGCCGGGAGUUUGUUAAUAACAAUGAAAAAAUAACACCCCGCAUAGCAGUGUAUAAUUUAUCAACUCUCAAUAGAGCAAUCAAUCAAUCAAUCAAUCAACCGGGACCGGCAAUUGGUUCGAUCGUUUCUGUGGAGACCUACAGCAGCACUUUGCAAACACGCAUACGCACGCGGCCAGGUCUAGUGUAGCCCAACGACGCAGUACUUCUGGGCUGCGCAAAAGCGAUUAUUAAUCAGCGCACCGGGCUCAAGGAACUCCGUCCGUCCGAGUCCCUGCACACCGGUAGCCAGUCAGUGCCGCGGAACUACAAAAGGCCACAAAAUACCACAACGCAUCAUUCGUCUCGUGGCAGUGUGAAUUGGAAGGGUCCGAUGCAAUGAUGGAUGAUGGGUGGACUACGCGCAGUUCUGAAGCGAUCCGACACUUGGCAACGGCAGAAGUGAGAAACUGUGAAGCCGUGUAAUCAGUGAGGGGAAGAAUUUUGUAGUUGGAAGUAAUUUCGUUCAGUUUAGUUUAGCUCCUGCCCGGUCGUGUGAUCGUUCAGAAGUGAAGAAGUGAACCCUGGGUGUUGCUUGAGAUAAGUUCAACCGUAACCACCCGCCGUAACGCCAAGAUGUACUGCCUUUGCCGAUCAUCGAAGCCCAUCUCGGUGCGGAUCGUGCUGCUGGAUGAGACAGAUUUCCUGCAUGAAUUACAGGACGAUCUGCCCGGUCAAGCCUUGUUAGAUGUAGUUUUCGCAAGACUGAACCUGAUUGAGACUGCUUACUUCGGGAUACGUUACAUAGAUCAGGAUAAUCAAACGCAUUGGCUUGACCCCGCCUCACGAUUGUCGCGGCAACUGAAAGGAAACAAAGUGCUCUUCGACCUGUAUUUUGGGGUGAAAUUUUACGCCUGCGAUCCCUGCAAGCUGGUGGAGGAGAUAACGAGAUAUCAACUCUAUCUGCAGGUCAAGCAGGACAUCCUCCAGGGAAGGCUGCCGGUAUCAUUUGAGCUGGCCGCAGAACUAGGUGCUUAUGUCGUUCAAGCCGAAAUCGGUGACUAUGACCCCCGGAAACACCCACCCGGGUAUGUUUCGGAGUUCCGUUUGCUCAACAACCAGACGAAAGAGAUCGAGAACCGCAUCCACGAGCUACACAUCCAGCUGAAAGGAAUGUCCCCCUCGCAGGCCGAGUUCAACUACCUCGAUAAGGUCAAAUGGCACGACAUGUAUGGAGUUGACCUGCAUCCCGUACUGGGUGAAGACAGCGUGGAGUACUUCCUCGGUCUGACUCCAGGAGGUAUUGUAGUCCUACGGAACAAAACAACCGUAGCGCACUACUACUGGCCUCGUAUCGCGAAGGUAUACUUCAAAGGACGCUAUUUUAUGCUGCGAGUAUGUGAUAAGAAUAAUGAGAUCAGCACGUAUGGCUUCGAGACACCAAAAAAGAAUGCUUGCAAGCAUUUGUGGAGGUGUUGCGUGGAACAUCAUUCCUUCUUCCGGCUAGUUCGGACGGCUCCCAUGCAGGCAGCCUCCGGAGCGGCCAGCUUAACUUCACUAAGUUCUAAAUUCAGGUACAGCGGUCGAACCGAGCGUCAGCAGAUGAAAGAAGCCACCACUCUGCAGCGUGCUCCUCCGGCCUUCACCAGAACCCCCUCGCGAAGGCAACCGCGCCGCAUCGUGGACGAACAGCCGGAGGUGAAAACAUUUGACACGCCAAAAUACAUCCAGCAGGAAAUCAAAUCCGUAUCGAUACCUCAACCAGCCCAAACGUUUGAUAGCCCCUAUCGUUCUACUUGCAGCAUCCCAGCUGCACUGAACACUAGUAGCAAAAUCCAUCCACCGCCCCCGGAUUCACCACGGAGCACUCGGAGUGCUCCCUGGAUGCGAUCCCAGCAGCGAGGCUUAUUCGGAAUAAACUCUAGUCCGAAAUCGGUACGAUCCGCCUCGACCAGAAUGAGUGCUCCGGCGAAUCCCAACCGGGUGCGUUCCAGCUCGGUGGAGAGUCAUUCGUCCAACGAUUCCCGUUCCGGUCGCCGUCGUCGCCACCGUAGUCGUCGAGUUUCCGAUAACGAGAGUGAGAUGUCGCGAGGUUCGGGUCGAUCCGGCCGAUCGCACAACUCCCACCGGAAGCAUCGGCGCCAUCGUUCGAAGAACCGCCGAAAUCGCUCCGACACGGAAAGCAGAGACCGCAGCUACUCGAGCCACCGCCGAUCUACGGAGUCUAUCGAGCUGGUCGACUCGGGAGAACAGUGGCUCGAAGUUCAGCGAAAGCAGGCAGACAACGUGCAGAAGGCGGCCGUCAUCAAGAGCAGCCAGGUGCUGAAAGGUUCCACGCCGGACUCGGGAAUCGUGCACCACCAUCGUAGUCGCCGACAUCGUAAGCAUCGGUCCCCCUCGGAGAAGAUCUGGUCCAGCGAACUGACCAAGCAUCUGCAGUUCGAUCUGGUGGACACUACCGGAAUGACCGCGGAGCAACUCAGGGAAAUUCCGUACACGGUCAUCGAGACGAACCACCAUCAUACAGCCAAAAAACCGAGCGCACUCAAGGUGCACAAAACUAGUCAUCAUGGACAGCAGCGGAUCGACCGGAUACGGGAAUACCCCAAGGAGAAUGUGAACGUAGAUAAUAUGAGUGGGGUGAACGGGUCGAUUCGAUCCGCCAGUACAAUAAGCUCAUCCAGGGACUAUGAUCGGAAUUCGGGGCUGAUAAGAAUGAUGUCCAGCAUGAGCAUGGGAGACUUCAUCUCGCCUACCGGGUCCAGUUUGAGUCCGCUCGAUAGUUCGGGAUUACGUGUGAGCCAUGAACAUACAGACUCCGGACUUGGGGCGGAUCAGGAUUACGCGUACUCAUCGGAAAGGUCCAGCGACAGUGCGAAGUACGGCACGAACAAAUCGUCGGGAGCAUCGGUUACUUCAGCGCAUACCAAAUCUUCGUCGUCGAACAACAUGAAGAGCCACCAUCACUCAGUGAGUAGUAGUAGUACGACCAACACCACCACAACCACUCGGAAGCCCCCGCUCUGCCCGAAUCGGCAACAGAAGCUUCCGGGACCCCUCAUACCCGGUGUACAUAGUACUUUGUCCGGUCCAAACAACCGUCUAAUCAAUAACAGUAACACACACUUUCAAAACAAUCACUACACCUUUAGCCUAACACGGAACUAUCCGGCCUCCGGCAACGGAGGCCCCAAUGCCUAUGGGUCUAGCACUGGUUUCGGGUUGGACUCUUUCGGUUAUCUAGAUUCGGCCGCGACACUAUCAUCGGCAUCACCGUAUCACUAUUACUACGAUGGUACCGGCUUCCGGAGCGCUGCUAACCAGCCUGCGAUCGGAGGAUUUGGUGGUGGGUUGCAAAACUCCCGGCUGGGUUCCAUCCGUGGUACCAAGUCCGACAUAGGGGUUCCUAUCAGACCCAAAAAUCACCGCCACCAACAGCAGCAACAGCAGUACAUUACCAAUGUGCAUCACAUGAACAGACUCGCGAAUAGCGGCUCCAAACGGGCUAUGAUUCCGUCCACCAAAACGGACUAUCUGGAAAACUAUAAGACUGGCGUUGAAAGACUUAAACUCAGCUACAAUAAUAACAAUAGCAGCCCUCAGGAGACAUACCCAGGGCUGUUGAAUGCUUCUGCUAGCGUGCAAAACAUCGCUAAUAACAAUUACCAACCGCCUCUACCAAUCACUAGUACUGCUGGUGGAGGCGGAUCCGUUUGCAACAGUCCCAGCUACAAUGGGAAUCCGUUGCACGCGAAAGAGCUCGACCAAACGACCGGCGGUAAGAUUGGUCCUUUGGUGUAUAUAGAUUCCAACCAGAAUCGCAACAGCUCCAGCCAUGACAGCCAUUUGCAUCAGGCAAAUACUGGAACAGCAGCCGACGGAUCUCCGACCGUUGUUGGUGUUGUAAGUGAUAGUGCCAGCGACCUGAGGAAAACCGGUGGUGGAGGCGGCAACCCAGCUCCACCCACCGCCAACUAUCCGCGGGAAAACGGUGUAGAUGUUAGUAGGAAAAACUCACUCACGGGGACUGCUGGGGCGCGAUCAUCCAGCUUAGAGCUAAUACUAACGCCUAUUAUACAGAGCAGACGGGUACAGUAAUCGUUGGCGAAAUGAGCACUGAGCUGUAGAACGCGGUGCGGCCAAGUGGUCUCCACGGUUGUCGACUGACCAACGGUGGCGGAAGCGAGGUUUACAUCAAGUGCGGUACCCGAGCCUUGCUUAACGACCCUUGGAUGGGAUCCUCUGUACAUACCCACGCACGCAUACAGUCAACACGAAUUAGUCUGAGAGAUCUCAGGCAAAAAGAAAAAGUUAUGGAGCAGAUGACAUUUUGCAAAGAGCAGUUUCUUUGGCCACUAUGGUAUGUGGUACUCACAUCCUCCCCACAAUGUUAUUUAAUUGAGGACGAGGAUAAAAAAAAUCAAGUGUUGUGUUUAAAUUCUAAGCCUUUGAAAUGUGUAUAUUUAUAAGACUAAUAUCUGAAUGUAGAUGUGUGGUGUUGACUUUUGGAUGCGGCUUGCCGAUAUUCGCCGGAUUCACCGAACGCUUCUUUUGAUGUUUCGAAAAACGAUUUACGGGGAAUGUUUUAGAUGUACACUCCAUUAGUUUCUUCUCUGUUUCGCUAAAUGCCUAUCGCCUAUUAUUUAACUGUCUGUAAUUGCAAUUACGUACCAAAUACUAAAAUUUUAGCAGGUUUUAUAAUUAUACAUUAUAUUCGUACCAGUUACUGCCGAUAAUUGAUAUUGAUGAGACGGAGAACCCACGUGUAUUCGUGUAUAGGACCUUAAGGAUGAUGAUUAAUACAGAAGCGGGAUAGUUCUCAGUGUUGACCGAUCCUUUGUCCCAGAAUUAUCGAUCCUAUCCGCUGUAUUUUUGUAAUCUGAUAGGGAAACUCUUUAGGAAUGUGAGAAUUAAAAUUGGACAAAUUUGUGCAGAACAAAAAAACGUUACGAUGACCCUAACACUAAAUACCAUUUUCGACAUUUGUCUUUGGACUGAGCAAAAAAAAAAACGAGAAUAAAGUAU